ACAAAAAAAAAAAACCAAGUAAAAGCAGGUGGAACAGUGCUUCCUGGAAACACGGUCUGCUGGUUUUUUUUCGCUGUAGGUUCCUAGGUUCACACUUAGGAAAUCAGAAUGAAUAAGAUGAGAAGAUGAGUAACAUAACAGACCAUAUUAUUUUUGAGUUUACCGAUGAAAAUAUCACAGUGAACGUAACCCAUGACCAGUUCACCUGUGACACUGAAGAAAAAACCCUGCUCCUGUACCAUACUGUGUUCCAGCCACUAGUCUACAGCAUGGUGUUUAUGUUGGGCCUCUCAGGAAAUGGCCUCCUUCUGAUGGUCCUGCUGCAGCGUCGUGCUCACCUUCGCAUGACUGACAUCUACCUGCUGCAUCUGGCCCUGGCUGAUCUGCUCCUGCUCUUUACCUUACCUUUUGCAGUGACCCAGGUGCUGACUGGUUGGGUCUUUGGGAACUUCCUGUGCAAGCUUGUAGGCCUGUUAAACCGCCUAAAUCUGGUGUGUGGGAGUCUUCUCCUUGCAGGCAUUGGUUUUGAUCGCUACCUCGCCAUUGUUCAUGUUGUCUCCAGCCUCCAGACCCGUCGGCCCCAAACAGUUCACCUCAUCUGUGCUCUGCUCUGGCUAUUUUGUCUUGCUCUCUCUAUGCCCAACAUAGUAUUUCUUUCUGUGGAACCCAGAAGGAAUGACCAUACAUGGCUACAGUGUCACUUCAACAACUAUGGCAUCCAUGCUUACAACUGGUUACUCGUUAGUCGGUUGCUGACACACCUGUUGUGCUUCCUCCUGCCCUUAGUCAUCAUGGGUUACUGCUACACCGCCGUGGUUUUCACGCUGUACCACAGUCAACAGAGCCUGGAGAAGCAGGGGGCUAUUCGUCUGGCUAUGGUGGUAACCCUGAUUUUCUGCUUGUGCUGGCUACCCUAUAAUAUAACACUUUUUGUGGACACCCUUGUGAGGCUAGAGAUCCUAUCUCAGAAAACCUGCCAGACUCGCAAUGCACUGGCUCUGGGUCUGAUGGUGACUGAGAGCAUUGGUUUUAUUCACUGCUGCCUUAAUCCAAUCCUUUAUGCCUUUGUAGGUGUGCGUUUCCGGAAUGAUCUUCUGAGAUUGCUGCCAAAAUAUUUACGUGUCUGUGGGCCCAUGCUAUGUGCCAGAUGCUUCAGAAAGGUAUCUGUCUCAGCCAUGGCUACCACCACCUCCACUAGCCAAUACAUAUGAGUACAGAAACAGGGAAGAAACUCACUGAAAGUAUGCAAUCAUUCAAUAAUGAGAAUUUUUUUUCUAAAUAAAAGCAGAUCUUAUUUUACUUUUGACCCUCUGAGCCAUUUGUCUGAUUAUCUUUGGCUUACACAUUUAACUAUGCAGUGAUGAAAAACAAUACAGAGCAUGCAUGAGUGUGCAGGAUAUCUAAACGAGAUUCUACUUUUAUCAUUGUAAAUAUUUUAUGUGUACAUUUUAAAAUUUCUCAUAGCUGGUG